GGCUGCGCAGCGAGACUCAGACAUCCCCGGCCUGCGUUCAUUCUGAUUUACGAUUUACACAUCGCGACACAUAAGUAGCGGAUAGCUCCUUCCAUCUGCCGACGCCGACGCCUCAGCGACAAAUUCAUCCAUACAACGGACAACCCCCAGUGUGGAGACGAGACUCCUUUGAGAUACUUGUGAAGUACAUACAAGGGACAAGAGCAAGGGCGAUCAACUCAGUGCACACCGAAGUACCGCUUUCGACCUUGACCCGACUGUUGAUUUGUUGAUCGACCGCGCAAUCCGCAUCUGUGCCCCGGUGUGGUUUUGGUUGAACUUUCGCGCAUACAAGUACAGUACCUUUCGAAGUUGGAAGUCGGCUUUGGAAUUGGCCUGCCUCGUUGCGUUGACGUUCGUUGACGUCUGCUUUUGCUCUUCGGUCUUCCUCGUGAGUCCGUCCGGCUUCGUUCGACGUGCGCUUGCCGAGUCUUGCUGGCAGUUUAGUGUGGUCGGUGUGUGAACCUUAGCAGCAGCCCUACCUAGCACCGCGCCAUAGCUCCUAUUCCGACACUUCGCACGCAUAAACGCAGACGGGCACACGCUCACGGCCUCACCGUCCCUGGAGAACUGCAUGCUCUUAUAUUAAAACACGCAUACGGAACAGAAGAGAGUAACAGACUUCCCUCCGGAUCCGACUUAUCUUACGCAGUUCCGCGUGUGCCACAGAUAUUCCGGCAGUCAUAUUAUCUCCACGCCACGUCGACGAAACUUAAAAAUUACAAACGAGCAUUUAGGAGACAGCAGGGCCUACUUUACUUUGAUCAUUCUACUUUACCCUACUCUACCCUGUGGCAAGUGGCGAGUGCUAUCUGUCAGUCUCGAGUCGAUCCUUCAACUUUGUGCUGCUCUUGCGCCCACCACAUUGUUGCACCGCGACGAAAGCACUCCCGACGUACACAGUACAACUGCGAUACCUCCACUACUACCCGUUAAUUAAGCAUUGACAACGAAGGAAGAUGCUCACAUUGCUCUGCACUGCACCUCAAUCGGCGAUAAGCUCUCCAGUCGAGGGUCCCUCCUCUCCCUCCCGCUCCCGCGCACCUCCCCCGAACUUUAGUAGCACGUCGGCUGUGUGUGAGGGCUCUUGCUCGAGUCCAACAUCGAGCAGGAAAGUCUCACUCCCGCUCCGGCGGCCGUCGAUCCGGAAACGCAUACAGUCAAUCUCGCGUGCCUCGGGUGCCUCAAUCGACAAGGCUACAGCGACGCUAACCAACGCUGCUGGCUCGUCUUUCUCUUUCCUGCGUCAUGCAUCCUCGUCUGGUUCUGGGUCUCCGUCCCCGAGCCGCAAGUCUCCGUCAUCACACGUCCGUGGCGCUUCAACAUCGUCAUUCGCAAGUGGGAAGAGCAGCUCCAAAAGCUCAAACGCGUCAUCAUCCAGCAGCCCGAAUAAAUCGCGGUUGAACGUACUCGACAUCGGCCCGCCGAGUGCGUUCAAGCAUGAGUUUCAUCUGGGUCCGAACUCGGUGAGUAUUCAGUAUUCUUAAUUCUGUCUGGCUCCGUUGUUCGUGUUUUUCCCAUGAGUCCGGUGCGGUGGGUCGGACUCUGUGUCUGUACGCGGAUGCGCAGUCUUGUGGCGUACCUUACUACCGCGACCGCGGGUAUCCUUAGUAUCACGGAUUUUGUGCUGUUAGAUUCCGUAAUUCCGUCGCCGCGAUUCUCGGACGGAUUUUGGACUUUUAGACACCCCGAGGUCAUUUGAUCGAUACAUGUCUCUCGGACGUUAUGACGUGGCGUAUUUUCAAUCUGUGUACUGACUUCUCUUGCCUUGCUUUCUUUUUCGUACAGCGGAACGAUGGGACAUGGGACGAAUCGCGGUGGCGUCGGGUUUUCGGGAUGCCCGCCAGUGAGAAUACCCCGAUCAUUGAUGUUGUUUCCUCUGCCAACCCCGGACAACCCCGGACAAGCACGAGCUCCGAGCGACACCAGUUCCUUUCUCGAUCACAUUCGCAAUCUCACGCCGACCGUCCAAAUAAUGCACAUGCGUCGCAUUCGAGUCCUAACCUCCUCUCUAUCGCAUCCUCUCCUUCAUCUCCCUCACCGGCAUCGGAUGGGCAGUUACCAGAGGAUGGCACCGUGGACAAAGCGAAAGCCGCAAAAGCUGCGAAACGCGCGAGCCUCGUUAAGCGUAAACCGGUUCCUCCGUUGUAUCCUGAGGAUGAAGUACCUGUGCCUGUUACUUCUCCGAGCACACCUGCACCGAUGACGUUCAUGUUAAUGCCUGACGUGCCGCCGUCUCAAUUCCCGGAGACUGCACCAGCAGGGAAGACGACUUUCAGCUUGGAGGCUGCUCCGGAGGUGCCGUCCACUAGGCCUUCACAAGAACAAUCUCGGGAGAAGGAAGAGAAGUUGGAUGCAGACACAUCAGGCUCGAGCAAUACCCCGAAAGAGGAGAAUCAGGUGCAAACGACGACGGCUGCGUGUCCCGCACAUAUAUGCAUUCUGCACAAUGCACCAGCUCCCACACCACCCCCACGCAGACAUACACUUGCACACAUGCAAGCACGCGCAUUGGGGCGUGGAUUGGGUGACGUACCGUCAAGACCCACCGCCACAAAUGUUGAUUCGGAGACGAAACCCAAGUCAAGGCCUAGACCUGUACCGAUCGUGGCUCCUUCGCCGGGUACCGUUUCGGAGAUGUCUCCUGGUGGACCGGCGCUUCCGCCUGGGCUGUCUUCACCUCCGACUCAGACAAGCGAGGAGAACACAGUAAAAGAAGAGGAACAGCAGAUUGAAGAAGAGACGAAGACUGUUGUCGAAAAUGAAAACGAGAAUAGUGAAGUUAUCGUUGGGGAUAGCUCACCGCGUCCAAGUUUCUCAAGCCUCGUCUCGGGUUCAGGCUCACAUUCAAGCUCGUCAAGUUCGGGCUCUGAUAGCUGUGAACCGCGUACACCGACGGACGAACGACGGAUCUCGGCUGGUUCGACUAAUUCGAUGAGUGUGAAGUUGGCGCAGGUCAAGGAAGUGGAAUUGGAAGUAGAAGGCGAUGAGGAUGUUACUGUUAUGAUUGUUACGGAGGAGGAGGAGGAUGACAAGGAAAAUGAUGCGGUGGGUCAGACGCCGACGAAGAUGCGACGUGUUUCGAAACGACCGAACCCUCCUGCACGACGAGUGGAGACUAGUGAGGAUUCGAUAUAUAUCACGGCGGAUGAAGCGGAUGAGGCUUAGGGUCCGCCAAUGAAAAACGAAAACGACCGCGUUACUUGCAUAUCUACCGAAAGAUAUUGAAACGAAACGGACAAAGGACAGUGUACGCCUAUUUCAUCAUCACCACAGCAUACAUAUCCACAUAUCCAAUCCAUCUCUCUUUGCGUGUACGAUAUAAUUCAUAUCGUAUCACUCGUUCGACGUUCUUUUUCUUCCUUUUUUUUUAAUAUCUCGUUUCUUACUCUCGUUCCGUUUUCCUUACUAUCAUAUCCGUUUUCGUUGCCUCAAUCGAAUCCUUUUCCGAGUCAUGAAUGCUCAGACGAAAUGACCGGGUUUUGUUGUACCAAUACCACCUUGCAUCACCUUACGUAGUCUGUUAUUCUCUAUCUCUAUAAUUAUGCUCUCAAAAUAAACGUUUAGUAUUGC